AUGUCGCAGAAAAGCGUGUUGUACUCGAACUUCCGGAUUAGAAGUUGGGUGCCUAGGGCUCUUGUGAGAUACUUGGGCUUGGAUGUGCAGGUGGUGAACCCAUACUGUGAAGAGGCGGAGAAAGAGUUUGCGCAGCACUUUCCUUUGAAGAAGUUGCCUGCGUUCUUGGGGCCAAAUGGCUUCAAGCUGACUGAGCAGAUCGCAAUCAACCAUUAUUUGAUCAAUAGUAGCAAGGAUGAAAAAAUUAAGGCUCAGCUGCUAGGUGCCCCUGCAGACAUCAAGACGCAGGCGGAGAUUUUGAGAUGGGAGUCGCUUGCCAACAGCGACUUGAUCGUUUUCAUGGUGAGAGUUUUCAAGCCAUUGAUCGAGGAGGGCGUCCCGUACGUUAAGAAGGACGCAGACGCUGCGUGGGCCGUGGUGGAGGAGAUUGCCGGGAUCUACGAGGCGAGACUGAGCGAGAAGACGUAUUUAGUGGGUGAGCGGAUCACUUUGGCAGACCUGGUCAGCGCCGCUGCGUUCACCAGAGGGUUCAAUUACCUGUUUGGCGCCGCGUGGAGAAAGCAGCAUCCUAGUAUCGUGAGAUGGUUCAACACGGUGACCGCCGGUGAGAUCCUGAGGGACGAGUACAGGGAUUUUAAGUUCAUCGACGAGCCGGUGAAGCCGCCUCAGAACGUCAGCAAGAAGAAAGAGAAGAAGAAGGAGGCUGCGCCAGCAGCCUCCAAGCCCAAGCCAGAGGUCGAGGAAAAGCCUGCGGAGGCCAGGAAGCCAAAACACCCGCUGGAGCUACUCGGCAAGUCCAGCUUUGUGCUGGACGAGUGGAAGAGAAAGUACUCCAACGAGGACACCAGACCGGUCGCCCUGCCAUGGUUCUGGGAACACUACAACCCGGAAGAGUACUCGCUCUGGAGGGUGGACUACAAGUACAACGACGAGUUGACGUUGACGUUCAUGUCCAACAACCUCAUCGGUGGCUUCUUCAACAGAUUGUCGGCUUCGACCAAGUACAUGUUCGGCUGCUUGGUCGUCUACGGGGAAAACAACAACAACGGCAUCACCGGUGCCGUCAUGCUGAGGGGCCAGGACCACGUCCCAGCCUUCGAUGUGGCCCCAGACUGGGAAUCCUACUCCUACACCAAGCUCGACCCGUCUAACGAACAAGACAAGGAAUUCGUCAACGACAUGUGGGCCUGGGACAGGCCGGUCGUUGCCAAUGGCGAGCCAAGAGAGAUCGCUGACGGCAAAGUCUUGAAAUGA